AUGGACGUCGCACGCACUGAAGAUAAUGCCAUGACUACGGAUCCCAGUCAAAUGGCUUUCCGAGCCGUAACGCAUUGGCUACAGGGCCAGACUCUGCCGGUAUUCUGCUGCACUACACCGGCAUUCCGGUCGAGGAUGCCAUCAGACAUCGACGCUGACAGUGUGCCUUUAUCACAGUCUCAUCUGAGCAAGGCGCUGAGCCAGCAACAGCAACAGCAGCACCAGCAAAGCCAGUCGCCCCAGAUCAGCGAGGGAGAGACCAGCGAAAGCGUCGCGAGGCGCGCAUCAUCUGCUCUGUGGACCAAACCGUUACCGCAGCUCCCACCACCCAACAUGUCCUUGUCAGGCAAGGUCGCCAUCGUCACUGGCGGAGCGCGUGGCAUCGGCGCUGCCAUCGCGUUGAAGCUCGCGCGAGAAGGGGCCAGGGCCCACGAGGUCAUAUCCGAGAUCGAGGCCUGUGGGUCCUCGGCGACGGCCAUCCAGGCCGACGUCUCCAAGCACCAGAAGAAGGUCAUCGAGCGGACGAUGAUGGCGUUCGGCGUCACCAAGAUCGACAUACUCGUCAACAACGCUGCCGCGACGCUCAGUGCGACGCUCGACGACACAACGACGGAGGAUUACGAUCGCAUCUUCGACACAAACACGCGCGCCGUGUUCUUCAUGAUGCAGGCCGUCAAGCCGCACAUCGCCCCCGGCGGGCGCAUUAUCAACAUCUCAUCCGUUGCGGCGCGCGCUGACAGCCCCGGCAGCAUGGCGUAUGCGGGCAGCAAGGCCGCCGUCGAGGCUUUCACUCGCGUUGCGGCGCGGGAGAUGGGACAGGCCCACGGCGUCACGGUAAACUGCAUCAGCCCAGGCACGGUCAAGACGGAGAUGUUUGACUCGUUGCCGGAUGACCAGCGGAGUGCCGACUUGGAGAGAGCGUCGCUCACGCCCGCGGAGGCGAGGCUGGGCGCCGUCGAGGACAUUGCUGACGUUGUUGCGUUCGUGGCUAGCGACGAGUCGAGGUGGAUUACGGGGACGGUUAUACCGGUUAACGGCGGCCGGCUGAUGAACUGA